CCUUCCUUCUUCCUUUCUCUCUCUUUCUUUCUGCAUUGCUUUUCAAAGUGUGGUCCUUAAUGAGGAUCACACAUGUGGUUGUUAAAAAUGCACAUUCCUGCACCCACUCAAGAAAUGCUAAAGUAGAUUCUUAAAUUGUACCUGCAAACCUGAAUUUCUGUUCUGUUGCAGGAGUUCUGGGAACUCUGGUCUCCUGUCUGUGACUUUCUGUGAUUCCUCAUUGCAUUUUCAGUAUCUCAGAUGGUUGGUUUGAGUGUGGGUAUGGUGUUUGGUGCAUACUGAAUGAAGUCUUAGCCCACAGACCUUUGGUGAAUAUGGGUCUGGGAGAGGGAACCACGGAUCCUAAGGUCAGAGUUUCCUAGCCUGAUGACAAGGAUGAAAAGAGGGGCCUGAAGGGUUUGCAGAGCAAAAGAAACUGAGUAUUUUCUUAGAUGUGCCCUGGGUGACAUUCAUUCAUUAGGCCUAUCUAGGUCCUGGGUAUACACUAGUGAACAAAACAAAAAUACCUGCCUUCAUAAGUUUUUAUGUUCUAGUGAGUGUGAUAGGCAAUGAAGAAAUAUAUAAGUAAAAUAUAUAGCAUGUUGGUGAUAUGAGCUGAGGAGAAAAACAAAGCAGGAAGGGGGAUAGAAAUUCUUUCACGCCAAGUGCAGAAGAUAGGAAGUUCUGGGAAGUGAUGUGAUGUCAUCACUUGCUUUUUUUUUUUUUAAUUUUCUUUUUUUUAACGUUUAUUUAUUUUUGAGACAGAGAGAGACAGAGCGUGAACAGGGGAGGGUCAGAGAGAGGGAGACACAGAAUCUGAAACAGGCUCCAGGCUCUGAGCUGUCAGCACAGAACCCGAUGCGGGGCUCGAACCCACGGACCGCGAGAUCAUGACCUGAGCCAAAGUCGGACGCUCAACCGACUGAGCCACCCAGGCGCCCCUGUCAUCACUUGCUUUAACAUGGGAAAGAAUGAGACUGCCAGGCUCCCAGGGACGUCACGACUAGCUCUGUGACGCAUCGUCAGGGAGUUCCGUAGAGAUCACGGGCUCCUUUAUGACGUCAGCAGCCGGGCCCAGAUAACAGAGGAGGUUAGAUCCCGCCGGGGGGCCCGCCGGCUGCACGCAGGGUCCGUGAGGUCUCCGCGGCGCACAUUAGCUGAAGGAGGGCUGAGAGCCUUGGCAGCUGCGGCGGCGACUUUGGUGUCCGUGACAGGGUGCCCCGGGGUCAGGAUGCGGCGGAGCCCCCGCCCGGGCUCGGCGGCGUCCCCGCAUAAGCGCACGCCCAACUUCUACAGCGACAACAGCAACAGCUCAGUGAGCGUCACCUCGGGGGACAGCAGCGGGCACCGGUCAGCUGGGCCGGGGCCCGGGGAGCCCGAGGGCAGAAGAGCCCGGGGCUCGAGCUGCGGUGAGCCCAUCUUGAGCGCAGGAGUGCCCGGAGGAACCACAUGGGCUGGAAGCCCUCGGCAGAAGCCUGCGCCUCGGAGCUACAAAGGGCCGACCGCCUGUGGCGCGGCAACCGUGAGGGGCGGGGCCUCGGAACCGGCUGGCUCUCCCGUAGUCUCUGAGGAGCAGUUCGACCUUCUCCCGACCCUGGAUCUGAGGCAGGAGAUGCCUCCACCGCGCGUGUCCAAGAGCUUCUUGAGCCUGCUGCUUCGGGUGCUGAGCGUGUUGUUGUCCCUGGUAGGAGACGUGCUGGUCAUUGUGUACAGGGAGGUCUGUUCCAUCCGCUUCCUGCUCACGGCCCUGUCACUGCUGAGCCUCUUUCUGGCAGCACUCUGGUGGGGGCUGCUGUAUCUGGUCCCUCCUUUGGAGAAUGAACCUAAGGAGAUGCUGACUCUAAGCGAGUAUCACGAGCGCGUGCGCUCCCAGGGGCAGCAGCUGCAGCAGCUCCAGGCCCAGCUGGAUAAACUACACAAGGAGGUGUCCAGCGUUCGCGCAGCCAACAGCGAGAGAGUGGCCAAGCUCGUAUUCCAGAGGUUGAAUGAAGACUUUGUGAGGAAACCUGACUAUGCGCUGAGCUCUGUGGGGGCCUCCAUCGACCUAGAGAAGACAUCACACGACUAUGAGGAUGCGAACACUGCCUACUUCUGGAAUCGCUUCAGCUUCUGGAACUACGCUCGGCCGCCAACAGUUAUCCUGGAGCCAGAUGUGUUCCCUGGGAAUUGCUGGGCUUUUGAGGGCGACCAGGGUCAGGUGGUAAUCCGGCUACCGGGUCGCGUGCAACUGAGUGACAUCACCCUGCAGCACCCACCGCCCAGUGUGGCACACACCGGGGGAGCCAACAGCGCCCCCCGCGACUUCGCAGUCUAUGGCCUCCAGGCUGAUGAUGAGACUGAAGUUUUCUUGGGGAAAUUCACCUUCGAUGUGGAGAAAUCAGAGAUUCAGACUUUCCACCUACAGAAUGACCCCCCAACUGCCUUUCCCAAGGUGAAGAUCCAGAUUCUAAGCAACUGGGGCCACCCCCGUUUCACAUGCUUGUAUCGAGUCCGAGCCCAUGGCAUGCGAACUUCAGAGGGAGCAGGGGACAGUGCCACGGGGGAACCCCAUUAAACAUGCUGAUUGUUGGAGUAGAGUGCAGGUCUGUGCUGAAAGAAGCUGGAAUCAUACUGAGGUGUUUCUUGGGGGAAAUCUGAUUGCCUUUGGCCUA